AUGGCAAUAUUUCUAUUCGAUGCUGCUGCUAAGGUCAGUCAUCAUGGACAUGAUGGUGCAUGUGAUGAUGAUUUUUAUGAUCGUAUAUCACGUCGUUAUUCUGUUAUUCUACUUGUUAUAUUUACAAUGCUUGUAUCAACAAAACAAUAUGUUGGUGAACCUAUAGCAUGUUUUUGUCCAGCACAUUUUACUGGUACACAUGUUGAAUAUACAAAUAAUAUAUGUUGGGUAUCAAAUUCAUAUGUUGUUUCAUUUGAUCGUUUAUUACCAAAAUAUCCAGAUCCAAAAACUGAACAAUUUAUUUAUUUUUAUCAAUAUGUACCAUUUAUUCUUAUUAUACAAGCAAUAUUUUUUUAUAUUCCAUCUCUUCUAUGGUCAACAUUAAAUACAAAAAGUGGUUAUGAUUUAGGUAUGCUUGUAACACAAGCUCGUAUAAUAGAUACAUAUACAUCAAAUAUACGUGAAACAUCUAUUCAAUAUUUAGCACGUUAUAUUGAUCGAAUACUUGAAUUUCAUAGACAAAAACGUCUAGAAUAUUUUGAACAAUUACGUUCAAUAAAAUAUUCAACAUUUUUAUCAUUUUUAAUACGACAUAAUCAUAUAACAAUGUGUGACAAUCAUUUAAUGUGGUCUUUUUUAUUAACUAAAAUUCUUUAUUUGCUCAAUGCUUUGGGACAAUUAUAUUUGCUCAAUUUAUUUCUUGGAAAUGAUUAUCAUAUGUAUGGUUUUUCUGUCAUACGUUCUUUAUUUAGAGGAAAUAAUGAAAAUUGGACAGUAAUACAAAGAUUUCCAAGAGUAACAUGGUGUAAUUUUGCUGUUCGAAAUUUAGCCGAUAAUGUUCAUACUUAUACUGUUCAAUGUAGUUUACCAAUAAAUUUAUUUAAUGAAAAAAUUUUUUUAAUUAUCUGGUUUUGGCUUUAUUUUACAACAUUAUUUACAUUAUUUGGUUUUAUCUAUUGGAUUAUAUCAUUUUUUUAUCCAAAAUUUUAUCGAUCAAAUCUUAUACGUUAUUUAUCAUCAAUGAAACAUAUAAAUAUUCAUCAUUUUCCACAAGAUCCAUUUCAAGAACCAUCAAUAAUUCAUCGACAACAUUCUUUUUCUCAUCGUCAUCAUCAUCAUCAUCAAUCAUUUGUACAUUCACAUUAUAGAUCAAGUCAUAGUAUUCGUCAUCAUCAUAGUGGUGUAUCAUCAUAUACUAAUCGAAUAUCAAGAAAAAAUUAUGAUUCAAAUCGUUUACCAAGUAUACGUGAACAAUUAAGUAUACCAAUUCCAGAUGAUGGAGAAACUAUUGAAAGUAGUAGAACAUCAACAUCUGAUGAACAAUCACGAACACCAACACCACAACGAAAAUUACCUGAUCGAUCUAACUCAAUUUCAUUAUCAAAUGAACAUAAUCGUAUAGUGAAAAAUUUUUUAACAGAUUAUCUUGGUCAUGAUGGAACACUUGUUUUAUAUUUACUUAAAAGAAAUACAAAUGAAGUAAUAACAGGUGAAAUUGUUACAACUUUAUUCGAAUUAUUUAAAACAAAUUAUCAAAUUAAUAUAACAAAUUGA